CAGAGUUUAAAUGAACUUGGAGGAAGAAGGAGCACACAUGUAAAGAGCACUCAGAGAGACAGACAGAGCACAAAAAACUCAGAGAGUGACCUGCAGCGAGGAGCUUCAGCAAAAAACAGCACUGAAAGAAAAAAACAUCUGCGAGAGUGACAAGCUUCAGCAAGAGCUGCAAACGAAAGAGAGAGAAUAAUAAAGAAAAGAAAAUCUCCAUCUGCUCUGUGUGUCCAGUCGUGAUGUCCACUGGUUCGGUCAGUGACCUUGAGGAUGAAGUGUGCUGUGGGCGUGUGGAGAGUUCCGGACCCCACACUCCCCCUCUGUGCCGGUCUGUAGAUUCUGAGGACGAUGAUGUGGGCAGUGCUGCAUGUGAAGGCGUGAAGGGUCAGCCGUCGCGGCGUGUGCAGCGCAGUGCAGCGAACGCACGUGAGCGUGCACGGAUGCGCGUGCUAGGGCGGGCGUUCACCCGUCUGCGGACCACCCUGCCCUGGGUGCCCCCUGACACCAAACUGUCCAAACUCGACACACUGCGGCUUGCAGCCAGCUACAUCACACACCUACGACAGCUACUGCAGGAGGACACACACACCAGCUCGCUGCACCCCCCUGCACUGAGUUGGCCGUUCAUGGUGUCAGGAAGACCAGAUGAAACCAAAGAGAUCUCAGCAGCGCUCAGACUGUGUGGAGCUACGGCAUAGACAUCUAUCUAUUCUCUCUCUCUCUCUCUCUUUCUCUCUCUCUCUCUCUCUCUCUCUCUCUCUCUCUCUCUCAGAGUAACUUCUUUAAUUGUAUUUCAUAAGCAAAGCUUAAAGUUACACUGGCAAUAGUUCAUAAGCCAUGAUAAGUAAUAAUAAGCUAUAAGUUGCAUAUUUGCCAUUACUUACUGUCAUUCAGUACUGAAUUUUACAAAAAUUGCCAAAUUUCUCUUUAGACCCAUUCCUUUAUGCGCAAUGAUGGAUCAAAGCUGGCCACUUUGUCAAAAAAUCCAGCCAUUUGCAAUGAUUUUAGGUAAUUUACCAGCUACAGUGCACAGUAUCAUCAAAACAUUCAGUGAAGUCAGAGAAAUCUCAUAAAUACAUAAAGGAAAAAGGCGAAAAAUAUUAAUGAAUGCCUGUGACCUUGGAACCUUCAUACAGCACUGCAUUAAAAACUGGCAUGAUUCUUCGAUAUAUAUCUCCACAUGGGCUCGGAGUUGCUUUAACAAAGCAAUCAAUGAACGCUAUCCAUCACUGCUUGCAUAAAUGCAAGUUAACACUGUAACAUGAAAAGUACCAUCCAGAUUGU